AUGACUUCCAGUGUUUUGAUGAAACCUCAGGUGUGAGACCUUCUGGCCAAGCGCCUGUGAUUUCAUAUUGUUGCGGUGUUUGCUGUAUCACUGGCAGUUGCAGCUUUCUGUAAGUUUGCUGUGGCAUAUGGAUUCUACAGAAAUUAGGAUUCCAUGAAAGAUUUUGAGGAAAUGCAGAAGGCUGGUAUCUCUGAGUGCAAAGUGUUUUUGGAAUGUAAAGAAUUUCUUUGGGUUGAGUUCAGUUGA